UUGCACAGUAUGCAAAAAAAAAAUCCAGCUUGGUACCAUGGGCGUGAAGGCUCUAGAGUCUCAUGCUAAAUCAGCCAAGCACAUCAGUUCCAUGAAGGUGAAGGAUCAAACUCCCUCCGUCGCCGGGGUGUUUCAGCCUGCUAAUGUUAGCCAGCUAGCUGAUAAUGUGUCUGAAGUAGCAGGUAACGUGAACCAGCCAGCUGCUAACGUUACUGCUACAGCCCUUCCAGCUACUAGCGCAACGCCCGUUAGUGUGGAUCUGCGCACAGCCUUUGGGUCCACACCAACAAUGAAAGCAGAGGUGUUGUGGACUCUCAACACAGUCGCCAAACAUCAGUCCUACAAUUCAAAUGAGAACGUUUCCGAUCUUUUCAAAUUUAUGUUCCCGGAUUCAGACAUAGCUACCACUUUCACGUGUGGUCCCGACAAAACGGCGUACAUAGCCAAAUUCGGUUUAGCGGUGUUCAUCAAAGAGGAACUGGUGUCCAAAGUCAACAAAUCGCCGUUCGUUCUGAUGUUCGAUGAGAGCCUCAACGAGACUACAAAAAAUAAACAGCUGGAUGUGCAUGUCCGCUUCUGGGACGAGGGACAGGUUCAGUCCAGAUAUUUGGGCUCCCGGUUUAUGGGACAUUCCACUGCACAAGACCUGCUGUCACAUCUCAAAGAAUGUAUGGACAAACUGAACCUCAAGGACUUGGUGUCCAUUUCAAUGGAUGGGCCCAGUGUUAACUGGAAACUGUUCGAACUUUUCCAGAAAGAUCAAGCUGAGCAGUACGGAGGUCUUCAGCUCAUUUGUGUGGGGAGCUGUGGCCUACACACGCUACACAAUGCUUUCAAGUGUGGGUUCACUGCAUGGCUGCUGGACAAGUUGCUGAGAGCAAUGCACACAUUGUUUAACAAUGUGCCUGCCAGGAGAGAGGAUUACGUCACCGUAACCAAGUCCAGUGUGUUCCCCCUUUCUUUCUGUGCCCAUCGUUGGGUAGAAAACCUUCCGGUUGUGGAGAGAGCCCUGGUAGUCUGGCCAUCACUUCUUCUGUACAUGGAAGCUGUGAAAACAAAAAAACUCCCUAACCCUGGAACAGGAUCUUAUGACACAGUUGCAGCAGCCAUAAAGGAUCCACUCAUUCUGGCCAAAUUUCACUUCUACGCAGCACUUGCCAGGACCUUCACGCCCUUCCUAACAAAAUAUCAAACAGACGAGCCGGUGCUCCCAUUCCUCUCCAAGGACCUGACCGAAUUGAUGAUAAGUCUACUCAGACGCUUCAUAAAGAGAGAAGUUCUCAACGAUAUCACUGCCCUGCAGCUGACCAAACUGGAUGUCAGAGACAAGACCAUCUGGCUCAGCCCACAAAACAUCAGCAUUGGUCUAGGGGAUGUCAUACUGCAGCAGUUUGACAGUCUCCUGUCCUUGGAGAGCCGGAGUGAGGACUUCCUCUACUUUGCUCCCAUGCAGAAGAGGCUGGACAUCUUCCUGAGCAGUGCCAUGGAGCCUUAUCCAGAGCUGUGGGCCUUCUGCAAGAAGCUGCUCAUCCUCUCCCACGGCCAAGCUACUGUUGAACGUGGAUUCUCCAUCAAUAAAGAGGUGGAGUCAGAUAAUUUGCAUGAGGACACUGUGGUCACACGGAGGCUGGUGUGUGACUACAUUAUACAACAUGGAGGUGUUACCAAGGUUCCACUCAGUAAACCACUACUGACAAGUGUAGCAAGAGCAAGGACAAGGUAUCGUAUCCACCUUGAGAACGAAAGAAAGAAGAGGGAGGCAAAAGACCAGGCUCUCAAGAGGAAGGAGGCAGAGGACUGUCUGCAGGAGCUGAAGGUGAAGAGGAUACGCGUAAAGGAGGUAUCUGAGGGUCUGGCUAGGGAUGCGGACAGGCUGGCUGAGCAGGCUGAAGCAAAGGCAGGGAGCAAAAUGGCUGACCUGAUCUCCAGGUCCAACCUCCUGCGGAGAGGCCAUAAGGAGAAGUUGGCAGAACUGGCUCUCCUUGAUAAAGAGAUCGCUGCUAAAAGUGAAGAGCUUAGGAGUUGACUUUGAUCUUUAUUUUAUUUAUUGUUGAGUUGAUUUUCUUUGUUUGUUGUUCUGGAGUCUCUCUACUCCCCAUAUUCCCAGCAUGGAAUAAGCUAGCUAAUAAAUAGAUUUGUCACACCUC